UCCUAUCAGUCAGGACUUUAAUCACAUUGGUCAUUGAGUCUAUAAAUCCAGCUCCGGCAGCUGUUAUGUGAGCACUUCACUGGAAACACGGCGGGGCAAUAGACUGCAGCCAACAAGUCAAAACAAAAAAUCCCAUAAUCCCUCCUGGUGGGAAGGUGUGUGGACAUAAAUGUCUUUCCUGGGCGUGUCAAGCACACUCAGGUUGUUUCGACACACUUUGCUUUUUCCUGCCUGAUGUCAUUCUCUCCUGUGGACCUGGUCAGGACAGGCGUGAGUGGACACGCAAACAAAUAAAUAAUGAAGGAUAAUGUUUUCGCUGCCGACUCACAACCAAAGAUCAUGAAAGUGUCCCACACCUGCUGAAGAACUCUUUUCCAAAAGAUGCAACCUGGAGGUGCUCCCACUUCACCGUCUCUACCAGCACCAGCACCAGCACCUCCUCCUCCUCCUCCUCCUCCUCCACCACCACCUCCACCACCACCACCACCCCCUCCACCACCGCCGGGCCUACAUGGCCUGGGUCUCUUUGCCAAGGGGGAGCACCGGCGCUCCAAGAUGCGCAAUUUCAACUGGGAAACCCUUCCCAAACACAGUGUGGUAGGAAAGCACAACAUCUGGACCUCGGAUGCGAUUGAUGGAGAAUAUGAGCUGGACACUGACCACAUAGAAGAGCUUUUCAGCCACAAGCAGCAAAAACUCAAGGCCCUGAAUCGCCAGCAACCAGUAACUGCUGGCUCAGGAGGGGAAUUGGUUUCCAUCCUCAGCUCCAAGAGGAGCAUGAACGUUGGAAUUUUCCUGAAGCAAUUUAAGCGGCCCGUAAAAGAAAUGAUUGAAGAGAUCAAAUCAGGAAGUAGUCUCUGUUUUGGUUCUGGAAAACUGAGGGAGCUGUGCAAGCUGAUGCCAGAUGAGAUGGAGGUGAAGCAGCUGGUCAAUUUUAAGGGCGACCAUUUCGCUCUCCCUGAAGCAGAUCUGUUCAUGCUAAUGCUGGUCAGGAUUCCAAGCUAUGAGGAGCGCCUCGGCAGUUUGGUGCUCAAAGAGGAAUUCUUCCCUCUCAUGGACGAAAUAAAAAAAUUCAUUGGCACUUUGACUACUGCUGGAAAUGAGCUGCUGGAGUCUGAUCAUCUCCACUCCAUCAUCCGGCUCGUACUGAAGACUGGAAAUUACAUGAAUGCGGGCAGCUACGCUGGCAGUGCAAUUGGCUUCCGAAUGGCUUCUCUGUUGAAAUUAGUGGACACGAAAGCAAACAAACCUGGAAUGAAUCUCAUGCAUUAUGUCGUGAUGCAAGCUCAGAAGGCAGACAUGGCCCUGCUGAAAUUUCCAGAACAACUCAAAAGCAUUGAAGCUGCUGCACGGAUAAAUAAAGGUGACGUGGAAGCAGAGUUUCGAAGGCAGGUAAAGAAAGUACAGGAUGCCAAGGUGUACACGCUGAAGCAGGAAGACCUGAAGGCACAGACGGAAGAUUUUCUAAAGGAAGCCGAGCUCUGCUUGACAGAAAUAGAGACCGACUUUCAGGUACUGCAGUCUGUGAGCGACUCUGUGGCUGAGUACUUCUGCGAGGACCCGGAGAAGUUCAGGCUGGAGGAAUGCUGCUCCAUUUUCAACUCCUUUUGUGAAAGAUUUCUCCGGGCCAUGCAGGAAAACAAGGCCCGGGAGAUAGCAGAGGUGAAGCGGAGACACAGAGAUAGACUGCAGUGUGCUGUCAAGCGCAGGUCCACAGCUACCUGCUCCAGUCAGGAAAUGGAGAGUGUUGCAUUGGAGUCUAUACUUCAGAACUUCCUUACCAAUCGUGUCUCUCGCAGGAGAUCUGGGAGACCCCUGUCCACCCAAGGAAGCCCUGCGAGCGGCAGCCCGAAGAAUGGAAGCUUAUCAGAAAUUACCUCACAUGCAAAUCUCCAAGGUGUCAAUCAAAAAACAAGUGGCUCAUUUCAAACCAAGGAGAUUGGCGGAAAAGAGUGGAACUCGGCAGACGAGCUCACGCAGGCGACGUCACAAAGCAAAGACCAGUCGACUGGCGAGGUCAGCGAGGCAGAGACUGUCAUUCCUCAUGAGGCAGAGGUGAAAACAACCCAAAAGGAGGACUCGAAGGGAUUUACACAUCCAAACAAUAGGACCACCAGCAUCUCCUCCUCGGCCAGAUCUUUGUCAGCCGCCACUGAUGAUGACGAGGAGGAGGAUGUACAGGACAAUACUGAGGAGGAGGCACAAAAGUUGCGCGAGGCAUCUAAAAAAGUGUUGCGCUUCCAGAACAGCCGGGGCAGUGUCUCGUCUGCGGAGUUUUCUCUGGAAAAUCAGAAAUCUCCCAGUGCGACGUCCAAGUUGCCUCGUCAGCGCACCCUCGAUGAGGAAACAGACCGGUAUCCCGGCGACCCAACCAACGAGGACCUGAUCAGAUUUUUGAUCAAUCCUUCUUCCAACUCAUGUAGCAUUAGUCGCCGCCAUACGCUCCCCUCCAAAGUCCCGAAAACGGAGGAGGAGGAGGACAAUCUGUGGGAUCAGCCUCCAAUCAGGACGCCCAAGAAUCCUACGGCAAGAGAAAACGGGACACUUCCUGAAGACGGUGCUGAACCCCAUCCCUCAAAACAAGUAUUUGAUUUUUCCGGCACGUGUCACAACUUUAAACAAUCCGAUGUCGAACAACAACCGCAUGUUCCUUCAGACCAUGCUCUGAAUGACAGACACGGGGAUGAAAACCAAGAGGGCAAGUCAGUGGAAAAGAAUAAUGAAAACAUUCCCCCCAAGAGUAUGUGGAAUAAGACCGACACUUCUGGAAUGUUUUUUAGCUUCUUCAAACGCCUGGGAGAUAUUGGCAAACAGCAGAGCAGCAAGGAAACGGUUCAUAAAGGCAGCAGUUCUGAGGUUUAGAGUGGAAAAGAUAUGCUUUUUAAAGUGGCUGAAAACUGUUUCCUCGUUAGUCUUCUAAAGUCUUCUUUUUUAGGCGUGUUUGGCGCGGUGAUGCAGCAGAGUCACAAUGACCCGAGAUGUUGCUGAAAAAACCCAAGUUUCAAACACGUGACAAAAUCCAAGGAGAUAUUUAUAGGGACUUAGAAGUCAGGGAAUAGUUUCCUCGUCGAUGUUGUAAAUGUUAAUGAGACGGAGGAAGAGAAAGUGGUUUGAAAGCUGGAAAAAGAGAAAGUGGUUUGAAAGCUGGAAACUCUGGAAAGUGUGCAAAGUGGUCGGGUGGUGUUUUGCUGAGGAAAGGUCAUUGUGUGUGUUGUACCACUAGAUGGCAGUAUGCAACAGUAAUGUUGUUGAGAAACGGGGUGGUGGUGAUAUUGAAGGUCUGUGUCAAGUAAGACAAGGGAAUGAUGAGGAGACUCAGUGCAAAGAAUGCGAGAACAUUUUCUUGGACAAUUUGGAAUCCGAUGGACGAACCAGUCAAUUAUUACAGUGUGUUAUUCAAUGCACGUUCAAUGUUAAGUGUUUGAAUAAUGGUAGAUUGUUCCAAAAUGUAUUUAAUUCUCAGUUUGAUUGCUAUUUUUGAUACUUCGAUAGAUUUCCUUGCUCUAUUUUCUGCUUUAAAAACGAUGGAUGUCUGUUUUUCUCUCCCCCGCCGCUGUUCAUCAAAAAUGCAGAAGGUCAUGACACGCGUGCUCUCAGGGUCUUAUUCAAUUCAGCCAUUGUUUCCGUCUUAAAUGGCUCAGUGUUGCAAACGCAGAGCUGAGCCACAGACAGUCAGUGGCAGAGAGAGAGGGGAGCUGAUGAAGAGGUUAUUGGAAACUACCAGGCCGCCUCUAUUCCGCCCCCCGACACACUGAUUAUGUUCAUUUGCAUCUGUUCAUGUAACUUUGUUGGGAGUUGUGCCAUAAACAGUUACAAAGGUUAGCAUUUCAGGACUAUGAUGUCCAGAUAUCUGACUGAACGCUUACCUGCUGUUCGCAUAAUUAUGUAAAUAAUUAUCCAUGUCAUAUUUAUUUGAUAAUAAUAUUUAUAAGUAUGAACUACAUAACCAUUGUACAGUAAUUGCAAAGAUUCAAAGGGUUUUGUUGCUAAAUUGUGAUUGAGAGUGUUAAAAUAAACGCACACACAGUUUGGUUAACUAAUCCCCACCUGUUCUUUUGUUGCCUUUGCUCUAUAUUUAGAAAUAAAAAAAAUUAAUGAUAUAAUAUAUAAACAUAUAAAAUUCUGGCUCCACUCAGAAUGAGCUUGUGUGAAUAGUAUUAUUGUAAUUUGUUUGAAAAGAGAAGAGGAGGGGAAAUAGCAUUUUCCAUUUUGCAUUGUGGCUCGGUCUCAUUUUAAAACAGUUUUACUGCAAGAGUGAUGAGAGCUUUCAGGUUCAAGACAAAACAAAGAACACUUCUCAUCUUUGUGUAAACAUGAGCAAUAUAAAAAUAGCAUCUAUUUUACUGAGCGGUUGUUGUUAUUACAUAGAAUUCUCAGUUCCACUUUAAUUCCCUUCAGAGCCUGUUUUAUGACAUAAAAAUACACUGAUACUUAUUUAUAACUUCAAAUCAUACUCCCUCUGUGAUACAUGCUGCCUAUUAUUUGACUGUAUUAUCUUAUAUGGCUAUCUAAUGCCAAGUCUACAGCAGUGAUUAUAUUAUGUAUGUUGUCUUAAUAAAAGCUGCUGUAAAGAAAAUUGCCCAAACUAAUUGGACAGGUUUUAAUGUUUGGUGCAACAGAAAUGUGGAUUUCCAGGUGAUAGUGAGAGUUACUGCACCCACAGUCUGCGUUGUGCUGCCUGAUCACUGCUCCUCCUCCUCCUCCUCCUCCUCCUCCUCCUGCUUCUGCUUCUGCUGUCUGGCAAAUGCAGCAGCCAUCUUGACUAAACCACGGCGAUGGGAAGCAGUCUCCAUGGCAACUCGCGUUGCAGAAUGAAACCCAGAGAUGAUUGUAUUUGCCCCUCACCCCAGGCCCCACCCCCAACAAACUCCCCUCUGCCUGCACCAACACAACAGCCUCACACAGUGAGUGCAUCCACAUUACAACACACUGCCACCUUUCUUCCUAAGGGUUUACAUUUAGGGCAGAAGUUGAUGCUUAUUGAAUGUAAACACGUUGUUUUAAAUAUUUUGACACCAUUUAAAAAUGUAAUGCAAAUAUGUUGCGAGAAUGAAUAUCUCUAAGUUUCCGUCCGUGCGUUACAGAUAACGUGUUGAUGCUGCACCUCAUUUGCAAUGUAACACACAAAGGGCUGCAUGGAGCUGUUUAUUGAUUAAUCAAUGACUAGACGGCUACUAAAUUCAUCAAUAACGCCGUUGUUGUUUGUUUUUGAUGAAAUAAAAACAAAUUCUCUGAUUUCAGCUUC